UCCACUCUGAGCAAAAUGUCCUGGGAUUAUUUUGGAUUCUCCCGCACCUUGGAAACCCAAAGGAGUCAAUCUCCCACCACCCGUAUCAACAAUGCAGCCGACAUCUCUGUUAUCGUCAUCUACUUUCUGGUUGUCUUGGCUGUGGGAGUUAUUGCCAUGGUCCGCACCAAUCGAUCCACUGUGGGUGGCUUUUUCCUUGCAGGGAGGAGUAUGGUGUGGUGGCCGAUCGGAGCAUCACUCUUUGCCAGCAACAUUGGCAGCGGCCACUUUGUAGGUAUCGCUGGUACUGCUGCAGCUUCUGGAAUUGCCGUUGGUGGAUUUGAGUGGAACGCUCUUAUUGUUGUCGUUAUUCUGGGAUGGCUCUUUGUGCCGAUCUACAUCAAAGCUGGGGUGGUCACCAUGCCUGAGUACCUGAAGAAGAGGUUCGGAGGACAGCGGAUUCGUAUCUAUCUCUCUGUGCUCUCCCUCUUUCUCUACGUCUUUACAAAGAUCUCUGCCGACAUGUUCUCUGGUGCCAUUUUCAUCCAGCAAGCUCUUGGACUGAACAUCUACUUUGCUGUUAUCGCUCUACUGGCGAUCACUGCACUGUACACCGUCACAGGUGGACUUGCUGCGGUGAUAUAUACAGAUGCCUUACAGACCGUCAUCAUGGUUAUUGGAUCCUUCAUUCUCAUGGGUUUUGCUUUCAAUGAAGUGGGGGGUUAUGCAAAUUUCGAGACACGCUACAUGGCUGCAAUUCCCACAAACACCUCUAACAUCAGUGCAGAGUGCUAUGAACCUCGGAAAGACUCGUUCCACCUUUUCAGAGAUCCAAUAACAGGAGACCUGCCCUGGCCCGGCCUGGUGUUUGGACUCACCAUCCAGGCCACCUGGUACUGGUGCACUGAUCAGGUGAUUGUCCAGCGUUGCCUCUCAGCCAAGAAUCUCUCUCAUGUGAAAGCAGGUUGCAUUUUGUGUGGUUACCUGAAGCUGCUGCCCAUGUUUCUCAUGGUUUUUCCUGGGAUGAUAAGCAGGAUCUUGUAUCCUGAUGUGGUGGCAUGUGUGAUCCCGGAAGAAUGUAACGAUUACUGUGGAGCUAGUGUUGGAUGCACCAACAUUGCCUAUCCCAAACUUGUUGUGGAUCUUAUGCCAAAUGGUCUGAGGGGUUUGAUGCUGUCAGUGAUGUUGGCCUCUCUAAUGAGCUCCCUUACUUCAAUAUUUAACAGUGCUAGUACUCUCUUCACCAUGGACAUCUAUACUAAGGUCCGUCCCUGUGCCAAAGAGAGGGAACUGAUGAUUGCUGGCAGGGUGUUUAUUGUGGUCCUUAUUGGAAUAAGCAUAGCCUGGAUCCCUGUGGUGCAGUCAGCCCAGAGUGGUCAGCUCUUUGACUACAUCCAGUCAAUCACCAGCUAUCUCACUCCACCUGUGGCCGCUGUCUUCAUGCUCGGCAUAUUCUGUAAACGAGUUAAUGAAACUGGUGCCUUUUUCGGACUCAUAAUUGGUUUGUUAGUCGGAUUAUCCAGGAUGAUUUCAGAGUUUAUCUACGGAACAGGGAGCUGUGUCAGCCCAAGUAACUGUCCUACCAUCAUCUGUGGAGUGCACUACCUCUACUUUUCGAUUAUCCUGUUCACUGUCUCUUGCAUCCUCAUACUUGGAAUCUCCCUAAUGAGCAAGCCAAUCGAUGACAAGCAUCUGUACCGAUUGUGCUGGAGUCUGAGGAACAGUACAGAGGAAAGAGUGGACAUUGAUCCAGAUGAUUGGAUUGAGGAUCAUGAUGAGGAUGACAGUAAGAUGGACAUAGAAGAAUCUAGGAAAAAGCGAAAUUUCUUCAAGAAAGCACUAAUCUGCUUCUGCGGACUGGAGCAGAACAAAACAGCACCAAAACUUACUCCAGAGGAGGAAGCAGAACUGAAGAAGCAGCUAACAGAUACAACAGAGAAGCCUCUCUGGAGGAACAUUGUCAAUGCAAAUGCCAUCCUCCUCCUGUGUGUCGCUGUGUUCUUUCACAUAUACUUUGGUUAGCCAAACCCCAUCAACAUUAAGUGGUCCUGGAUGCUGCAAUUUAUUUUGCAUGGAUUAAAAUUACACCAAAACCAUUAAUGCUGA